AACCCACCUUACGUGAGCUUUGUAUUGGUGGUAGGAACAUAACGAGAAGAACAAGUUUCUCUUUUUCCCAUUGUUUCUUGCAACUAAGGUGUUAAAUGUUGUCAGUGUUACAAUCAUUGACACCGUCGUGUCGUGUGUGUAUCGCUGACACAAAUGGACGCUAAUGAAGCCAGAAUUCUCCUUGGUUUCCCACCCAAUUCGAAUCCAUCUCCUUCCCAGGUUAAAUCAGCUUACAAACAGAAGGUGUGGGAAUCUCACCCUGACUUAUUUCCAUCUCAUGAGAAGCCUCAUGCUGAGUCCAAGUUCAAAUUGAUUUCCGAAGCUUAUACAUGUCUAUUACCCGGUGGUAGAGGAGAAGCUUCAACUUCAGCUGAAUAUUGGCGAGUUGUGAGAACUGGAGUUCCAAGGGCCAAUGGAGGAAGAAAAAAUCAUGCCAUGAUUAAAGUUCCAUUCCUUUUACUUAUUCUAGGAACAGUUGCACUUGGAGGGUUUAAUGCUUCAAGGGCUUACAAAAGGCAGAAGGAGGACUACCCUUCACACAAUCCAUUUCUUCCUUGAUGACCUCCCGAGCAGGAAUCAUGCCUGGAACUGCAUACACUCCAAUUGCAAUCGAUGGCUAAUACUUAAUAUACUCCUACAAUAUAUUUAAAUGUAAGCGAAAAUGAAUAAUUUGAGUCAAUAAAAGUUAGAUGAUCAGUGAUUGUAAAAUGAACUCAUCCUUGAUUCAAUACAAGCUGAUUCUUUGAAGGGA